AUGGAAAAACUGCUCCACAAAUAUGGAGUAAUUCACAAAGUGGCCACAGCAUAUCACCCUCAAACUAAUAACCAGGCUGAAUUGGCUAAUAGAGAGCUGAAAAGAAUCUUGGAGAAGAUAGUUGGGGUCACAUGGAAAGAUUGGGCAAGAAAACUAGAUGAUGCCCUAUGGGCCUAUAGAACUGCAUUUAAAACUCCAAUUGGGAAGUCACCCUUUCAGCUAAUCUAUGGAAAAGCAUGUCACCUUCUUGUGGAGCUAGAACAUAAAGUUUACUGGGCCACUAAGCUCCUCAACCUUGAUUCUCAAGCAGUAGGAGAGAAAAGGCUAUUGCAACUCAAUGAGCUGAAUGAAUUCAGGCUCAAGGUGUUUCCUGGCAAACUCAAGUCCAAAUGGACUGGUCCUUGCUUGGUAACAAAAGUUCUUCCUUAUGGGAGCCUUAAACUUCUGAAUGAAGCCACAAAGGACACAUUCACAGAAAAUGGUCACAGAGCCAAGCACUACCUGGGAAGAUCUUGGAACAACGAAGAAAGCAUUCACGAGUUGGUAGGAAACCCAACCAAAGGAAUUCAAUCAAUCUCUAGGAGGGACUAUGCAGCAUUAUCUAAUGACACUAAGAAAGAUACAAUGGCUGUGAAUGAUGAUGACGAAGGGAGAGCCGGAAAAGGCCACCAAGAGGUUGUAUUGUCACUUAAUUCCCACUAA